AGAGUAAUUCGCAGAAGGAAGUCUUGAGCUUGGACCCAAGUAAAAAUGCUGUGAAGAAUGGUAAUGUCCCUCUGGGAUACCCUCUGCAACAUGAGCCAAGACAGAGAACCCAUCGUGGGGAGUUUCCUCUUUGUUUGCACCCUGGCCUUAAUAGUCGGAAGCAUGACCCAGUUCUCUAAUGAACUUGAGUCUAUGGUAGACUAUUCAAACAGGAACCUUACUCAUGUCCCCAAAGGUCUGCCACCAAGAACAAAAGCCUUGAGUCUGUCUCAGAACUCUAUAUCUGAGCUUUGGAUGUCUGAUAUCAGCUUUCUGUCAGAGCUAAGAGUUCUAAGACUCUCCCACAACAGGAUACGGAGCCUUGAUUUCCGGGUAUUCUUGUUCAAUCAGGAUUUAGAAUACCUGGAUGUCUCACACAAUCAGCUGCAGAGCGUCUCUUGUUGCCCUGUGGCGAGCUUGAAGCAUCUAGAUCUCUCAUUCAAUGACUUUGAUGUGCUGCCUGUGUGUAAGGAGUUUGGCAACCUGACGAAGCUGACUUUCCUGGGAUUAAGUGCCUCCAAGUUCCGACAACUGGAUCUGCUCCCAGUUGCUCACUUGCACCUCAGCUGCAUUCUUCUGGACUUAGUGAAUUAUCAUAGAAAAGACAGGGACACAGAAAGCCUUCAGGUUCCCAAUACCCACGGUCUCCAUUUGGUCUUUCAUCCAAAUAGCUUGUUCUCUGUGCACGUGAACAUGUCUGUAAACGCUUUAGGACAUUUGCAACUGAGUAAUAUUAAGCUGAAUGAUGAAAACUGUCAAAGGUUAGUGACAUUUUUAUCAGAACUCACCAGAGGUCCAACCUUAUUGAAUGUGACCCUCCGGCACAUAGAAACAACCUGGAAGUGCUUGGUUAAACUUUUCCAAUUCUUUUGGCCCCGACCGGUGGAGUACCUCAAUAUUUACAACUUAACAAUCAUUGAGAGGAUUGACAGGGAAGAAUUUACUUACUUGGAGACAACACUGAAGUCCCUGACAAUAGAGCACGUGAAAAACCAAGUGUUCAUCUUUUCGAAGGAGGCGUUAUAUUCGGUGUUUGCUGAGAUGAACAUCAAGAUGCUUUCUAUUUCAGACACCCCUUUCAUCCACAUGGUGUGCCCGCCAUCCCCAAGCUCAUUUACAUUUCUGAACUUCACCCAGAAUGUCUUCACUGAUAGUGUUUUUCAAGGCUGUUCCACCUUAAAGAGAUUGGAGACACUGAUCUUACAAAGGAAUGGUUUGAAGAACUUUUUUCAGGUAGCUCUCAUGACUAAGAAUAUGUCCUCUCUGGAAACGCUGGAUGUUAGUUUGAAUUCUUUGAACUCUCAUGCGUAUGACAGGACAUGCGCCUGGGCUGAGAGCAUAUCUGUGUUGAAUUUGUCUUCGAAUUUACUUACAGGCACUGUCUUCAGAUGCUUACCACCCAAGGUCAAAGUCCUUGACCUUCACAACAACAGGAUAAUGAGCAUCCCGAAAGAUGUCACCCACCUGCAGGCUUUGCAGGAACUCAAUGUAGCAUCCAACUCUCUAACUGACCUUCCUGGAUGUGGGGCCUUCAGCAGCCUUUCUGUGCUGCUCAUCGACCAUAACUCAGUUUCCUAUCCCUCCGAGGAUUUCUUCCAGAGCUGUCAGAAUAUUAGCUCCCUAACAGCGGGGUACAACCCAUUCCGAUGCACGUGUGAGCUGAGGGACUUUGUCAAGAACAUAGGCCAGGUAGCAAGAGAAGUGGUGGAGGGUUGGCCUGACUCUUACAGGUGUGACUACCCAGACAGCUCUAAGGGAACCGCGCUGCUGGACUUCCACCUGUCUCCGCUGUCCUGCGAUACCGUUCUGCUGACCGUCACCAUUGGAGCCACUAUGCUGCUGCUGGCUGCCACUGGGGCUUUCCUCUGUCUCUACUUUGACCUGCCCUGGUAUGUGAGGAUGCUGUGCCAGUGGACACAGACCAGGCACAGGGCCAGGAACAUCCCCUUAGAGGAACUCCAGAGAAACCUCCAGUUCCAUGCUUUUGUCUCAUACAGUGAGCAUGAUUCUGCCUGGGUGAAGAACGAAUUACUACCCAACCUAGAGAAAAAUGACAUCCGGGUUUGCCUCCAUGAGAGGAACUUUGUCCCUGGCAAGAGCAUUGUGGAGAACAUCAUCCAUUUCAUUGAGAAGAGUUACAAGUCCAUCUUCGUGCUGUCUCCCCACUUCAUCCAGAGCGAGUGGUGCCAUUAUGAACUCUACUUUGCCCAUCACAAUCUCUUCCAUGAAGGUUCUGAUAACUUAAUCCUGAUCUUGCUGGAACCCAUUGCCCAGAACAACAUUCCCAGUAGAUACCACAAGCUGCGGGCUCUCAUGGCACAGCGAACGUACUUGGAAUGGCCUACUGAGAAGGGCAAACAUGGGCUGUUUUGGGCCAACCUUAGAGCUUCGUUUAUUAUGAAGUUAACCUUAGUCAAUGAGGAUGAUGCGAAAACUUGAAGCUUGGGUUUCCAACUUAAUGAACUGUCAACCUGGGCUCUCAUGAGCAUCAUGGUUUUAAGUUCCUGCCUGAAGGUGCUUGUGUUGUGGUGUCUUAGUUUGCUUUCUGUGCUUAUGAUAAACAACAUGUUUAGAAGUAGUUUAUGAGGGUGCUAACUUCAUUAAUGGAUUUGCCCCCUGCUGAGUUCACAGCUGAAUGGACAAUUAGUAUGGGGCCCUGACUGGAGGAAGUUUGUCACUGCGGGCUUGUCUUUGAAGGCUGUAUUUUUUUUUCAAGGCUCAUUUUUCUUGCUUUUAUGUCAGGGUCUCACCAUAUAUAUGUUGUCUAGAUUGUCCCUGAGCUCCGAGUAUCCCUUCUGCCUCAGCCACCCUAGAACUGGGAUUACAGGGAUGAACCACCAUUAUUAGCUUAGGAGUGUGCCCUCCCCCACCCCAGGACCCCUUUCUCAGUUUCCUUAUCAUCAUGAGGUGAACAGCCCCUGCAUCACAUGCCCUCAAUGCCAUGAUACACUGUGUGGCCUCGGGUCCCAAAGCCAGGAAUUCAAGACUUGGACUGAAACCACGAUCGAGUUCUCCUUUGUCUGCAUUAGGUCUCCUGUUAUGGUGGCGCAAAGUUGAGAGCUCUGGAUUCUAGUUCCUUUAUAUCUUUGACAAGAGACUUGGUGAAAGCCUUGAGUCCACUGAGCCGUGGGGUGAGGCUGGAGAUGGAUGUGGAAUUUGCCUUCUUAGACAGAGGUAGCUCAGUCCCGGCUGGCAUAGCUGUCUGCUUUCAUGCUGACACAGUCCUUUUUGAGUAAAUCCUCCAUCAUUCAGUUCCCUCUCCCUCCUCCUUUCCAGGAUGAAUUCAGUGUGAGCAGGAGUCUACAUGGCUUUAUAGUAGCAAAAAAGAAGUCACCUGUAUGUGUCAAAGACUCUUGUAAGUCCUUGUUGGCCUUUGGCUGAGCUUUACCCU